GAAGUAAAGAUUUCGUUUUUACCAAUACAAACUUACAGAGAGGCUAAGACAAAUCCAAGAAGCUUUGGUAGGAUUGCUUUUUGGGAAAUGGGAGCUUUGAGAAUUUUGAACCAUCUCUAUUUCUUUUGCUUUCUUUAUAUAAAGCUAUCAUGAUAUAGACACCCCUGGAAGUGAACCAAAUAAUCAAUCUCCAAUUAUUCUAAAAUCUGCUGCUUCUGUCUGUUUCUCUUUCAGACAUUUAUUUAUAUACAAAAAUGAAGGGUAAAUUCUGCUGUUUUGUGCUAAUCAUAUUUGCGUUUAGUUUACUUUGUGUUAAAAGCAGGCCAUUAGCAUCUAAUCAACAUUUUGUGCACAGUGCAAAUGAGCUCAAGGGAAAUACGAGUAACGUGAGUAAAGAAGAUAUGAAAAUGAUAGGAUCAAGUCCACCGAGCUGCGAGCACAAGUGCUAUGGAUGUAUGCCUUGUGAAGCCAUACAAGUACCAACAAACACGGGUCGUGUUGGAGUUCAGUACACUAAUUACGAGCCCGAAGGCUGGAAAUGCAAGUGUGGUCCUGCAUUCUACACUCCUUAGUCGGACACUAGCCCGACUAAUUCAUUCACGGGCAGCCCGUGAUGGGAUUAGAGAUGUUGAAUUAUAGGUUAAAAAAAGAAAGUUGUUUAUGGUUUCGAUUUAAUAAUUAGCCAAAUUGGAUUAGUUUGAUGGUGUAUGAGUUAUGAGUAUGUAUAGUGUGGCAUUAAGAAUUUUUGUUGUUAAUUUUACUUCAACUGCUGCUUUCACACUUCAUUUUUUUUUUUCCAAUUAUU